GGUUGAGGGUGUAGCAGGCUUGCGCUGUGUGUAUAGCGAGAAACAGGCGCUUGUCGUUCUACAAACCACAUGGAUGUGGACACAUGUAUAAGGGAGAAUAUCGUAUGGCAGAAGCUCCCGGAGGACAUUCGAGUAUUGUUGGGGAAUUCACAACGAGAAUACGAUAAGCUCGUGUUGGAGUACUCAAUAAAGAAUCAGUUACGGUACAAAGGAAACCUAGUUCGCCAUGUCAAGAAAAGUGAGGAGACGUAUUAUGAUAUGAUAAUAAAAUACAGCGAGUCGCAUUUGAUGCUUUACCCAUACCAUCUUGCCGACAUUGUAUGUCGAGAGCUGCGAAUUACAGCAUUCAAUUACUACAUCAACAUCAUAACGGACAUGAUCCAGUCGGAGAAGUCUUACGAUUCCCUACCCAACUUCACAGCAGCAGAUGCUAUGAGGUUACUAGGGAUAGGACGUAAUCAAUAUAUCGAUUUGAUGAAUCAGAACAGGUCGAAUCGGAAGUUUCUACGGCGAAAUCGUCCUCUGCGAGAGCUUUUACCCCAAAAACCAGCCAAGUUAUCCGUAGAACCGUGGUGGAUUGUAUGUCCUGGGAGCAUACUUGAAGCAGAUAUUAAGAUCUUGACCGAAGAUGAGCGUCGGAUUGUGGAUUGUCUCCUUGAUGAAGGUCCACAAGCCGCUGGUUUACUACCGGUACCAGUGGUUAACACCCUGCUUGAACGUGGCUUGGUCUAUCUGGACGUACCAGUGGUAGAAUCGGACUACGUCUACGUCGCCCCAUUGGAUGGUUUCGUUAUGAAUCGUGUUCUUGGCGAUUAUUUUGAGACAUUGUUGUACAAGAUCUUUGUCGCGAUAGAUGACCAAACUACGGUAAAAGAGAUGGCAGAGAUGCUACACAUCGAUUUCUACCUCGUUGCCAAUGCUAUAUCUGUGUUUUGUCGGUUAGGUUUCGCUAGGAAAAGGGUUACCGGAAUGGAAACAGCACGGUUACACUAUAGUUGGGCGCAGAUUGUUUCCGUUCCGAACUCACCCACGCAGGAAGAUCUGGUUACAUCCGUAUCUGGUGACUUAGGCGAGUUGUCAGCAUCCCUUGCGUCCCCGCUGGGUGACGACGAUGACGAAGAACAAACAGCACAGCUAAACAGCCUAAGCGCUAAAGAGACGAUUUCUUCACAGCCUUCUUCUGAUGUGUCAUCUUCUGGAUCGCGAACAGCUUUCUUGUUUGAUUCAUCACUAGCAGCCUUCCUGAUGAUGGGCAACUUAUCGAGUUCUCUCAAGGGUCACGCUGUCACGCUUUUUGAAGUUGGUAAAUUGGCCGAUGAACAGAUGCGAGAUUUUCUGGAGCAUUUGGAAUGUGUAAAUCACUUUGCGGAAGGCGAAGCACAACGAUACUCUGAGCAUGCUAUAGCACUUUUAGAUAUUCUUCGAAGUCUUCGAAAAGGACGGGAGGUAGAUAUGCUCAGAGGAGAAAGUUUGCUUAGCUUGGAUCCAAAGAGUCGCAUCCGAGUAUUGGCUAAGUCAUAUGGAAUCGUGGUCGCGAUGGCGCCGCUGUCUUUUGAUGCUUGCACCGUGCCUUCAUCUUCUCUGCCGUUCAUCGGUCCUCCUAUACCCGAGGCUUGUUCGUCAUGGAUGCGCUUAGCAAUCUACUUGGCAGCGGAAAGUGGUCCGGCAUCCGUAUACCUUCCGAAGGGCACGAGACUGACACGACUUCCAUCUGCAGUCGCACAUUCACCGCGAUUACUCGUGACAUCAACGACUCAUGAACCGCAGCAUAUGCCGACACACAACUCACUGGUUCCACUGAAUGAUAUCUUAUUAACAACACCGCUUUUCGUGCAGGAAUAUCCUUACCAAUCAGAUGAUGAUGAGCUCGUUUAUGUACCUUUUCCUUUCGAUGAAGAGGAGUCAAAUCAAGAAGGUGCAUUUGCAAAACAUCCUGCGGUUGUGGCACUUUGUUCGAAAUUAGGAUUGAAUCAUCUAUGUGGUUAUAUAGUGCUUCUGAAUCAGAAAGUGACACGACAUGUAAAAACAAAUAAUUUGGCGACAGUCAAUCCGUAUGAUAAUGUGAUGUUGCGAGGUUCGCACAUGAUCCUCAGCUCAUUGCCAGAAGGAUCCACCUAUGCCGACUAUGUUCUCCUUGACUGUGUUUUCGGCAUUCCUCUAUUCAACUCCGCUUUGAGCGAAACAAUUUGCAAGAGAAUGUUAGACAAACGGAUCUUGGAGCCUGAUAACCGUAUCAAUAUACAAUUUGCUAACAAGGCGAUAAUUGACAUGAUUACGGAACUGUUAAUGAAGUGGAAUUAUGGACACAUCACGAGCUCAUUUCCGAGUGCAGAACCUCGUAGAGCAGAAUUCGUACCACCAGUCAGAACGAUAUAUUAUGAUCCAAUUGCUAAGGAGAUUCGCGUUUGAAUUCUUAGUUCUUUUUUCGUUUUCAGGGAUGAGUGUUCUACGUUUGCCUUUUAGUCAGUUUGAAUUCAUGACAGUCCUUCGUACCAUAUUCAGUAUCACUGUGAUUAUUUUUAAUUUGCUGAUCUUGUCGCUUCAUAUCUUCUUUUACUCAUUCCAAGACCCAUCGGCUAUUUUUACAACUUUCUCUGUCUCAAUAUUAGUCAUGAUUUCACUUUUCUUCUAGUCUUGUGCAGGGACCUAUCGGGAGACAAUUUUGUAUGUUUGAUAAGGUUUGUGUCUGUAGGAGCCUCAGUACUAAUGUUGGUUGUGCACAUUCUUCUAGUUUAGACGCUUUUUCAAUGUUUCAUAUGUUUUUGCCACUGAAAAUUUGGAUGGUGUUACUGAAGGCAAUGUCAAGGAUAAGGACGUGCCAUAGGUCAUACAGUGCGCUCAUUGUCGCGAAGCUUUGCACAGUAUUUAUGCGUAGUCUAGAAUUUCUAGAUGAUUCGUAUGCGAUCGGGAUA